AAUAAAUAUAGGCUUCUACUUGUUUUCGGUGUUAUAAUAAUUUAAACAGAUGUCAAUCAUUUUCUUUUGGCAUAGUUUACGUAGUUGAGAAAGUCAAUUAUUUAAGAAAAGAAUUAAUAAUUAUAAAAACUUUUUGGAGUAUUAUUAUUCUUUUCGUCUUUAACAAAAAAACCUUAUUAUGGUUGAUUUUAUUUUCAAAAUUUCCAUUCUCCCUGACGAGAAUGUAGUUUCAGUCGGAUGUCCGGGCUUUAAUACCGAGUUGUUCAUUCCUCAGAUCGUUAGUGGAAGACUCACUCUUCAGAACAUUUUACCCCACCGGCGGUGCUGUCCCGAGAGCAGGAUGUUGUCGGAUCCCUUGAGCGGCGUUAUGGGAACAAGGACUCCAACCCGCCGCUCCAAUCAUAACAGCGAGCGCUCCACUCCCCUUGCCCAGAGUACUCCGGCAAUGGUGCCCAUUAUCAAUUCUCGAGGCAAAGAGAAUAUCAAACCGCAUGUAACUCCUGAAGUAGUGCGAUUCCGUCCGUUUCCGCAGGCUUCAUUGGGUGAAGACAACAUAAAUAUAAUCUCCGACGACGAAUGGCCUAGCCAGAAACAGUCUUCAGAAAGCAUUUGCGUGACGUCCCUCGAGCCACAAUUGCCGGCUUUGAUUGAUAUCCAUCCAGAGCCAAGGAUCUCUCCUGGUGUAGCAGAGCUGAGGAACAACACUCCCAGGAUGCCCCCCUUACGGACCUAUACCCGUAAAAAUGCAGGAACAACAAGCAAAAAGAAACCAACCGCCGCCUGGUCUCCUCUCCAAAAGAGGAAGAGGAUAGCGUCAAUAUCCGCUACUAAGGUUCCGAGUCCCACUAUGAAAUUGGAGGUGCGACAGCGAAAACUUAUUGUGGAUACUAAGAAGACAUUGGAAGCCCAUGAUCCCAGCAAAUAUAAUCCGGUGCCGAUUACAAAGAAGAAAAUAAUCAGAAAGCAGGUGAACGGAAAGACUCGAAAGCAGUUUGAAGCUCUAAAAGUCACUGCUUUUGAUUUGCUCACCUUUCCUUGUAAGACCACUAUGUCUAAAAAUCUAAUUAAGCAAUUCCAAGGCUCUUGCAUGAACAAGGUAUGCACCACGUUGCCAAAUUACGCAGAGAUUGCUGUUGUCUCACCAAUACAAACUGAUCGAGAGGUGAAGACGCUGGUGGCCAGGCAGAAGCGAAUGGACCAUAUUAACCAGAAAUUUAGCGCCGUGAUGUCCAAGAGCAAGGUCAUCUAGAGUGAAUCAUCUCGGCUUUCAAACAAUGCUAAACAUGCAUACACACAUAAAUGCAGAUGUAAUAUAGGAAAACAUUUCUUAAUUUGUUCUCAUUUUAUCUUUACAAGUAUUAUACAUUUACCAAAAAGGAACACAUUCUGUCUAAUAUAUGUACAAGUAUAUCUUAAGCUAGUCUAGGGAAGCCUACAUUAACAUUGAAUAACUAUUAUAUGAUUUUGUACGACAAAA